GAGACCCCUGGCGCGCACGACACGGUCUCAAAUCAUGGCCCGGUCCAGCAUUGCGACCGAGCAUACACGACCGAAGUGUUCUGAAGCUCGACAGCCGUCCUCUGGGAAUUCAAAUCUUGUCCGCCCGGCAGAAUUUUGGCGCCAAGAAGUCGGGCUGAUGUGGGCAGGGCCGCCACUUGCUUUGCCUGCGUUGUAACCUCUCCCGCUCACAGUUGACGCAAAAUGGAUGGGGAAGACGUCCGGCCCGAGCCUUUCCCAGCUCCAUCCAAGAGAACAGUGGGACCGGUCAACGGGAUCGCAACCGAGGUCGAGUCUGUCAGCUUCUCGGACAAGAUCAUGAUUAUGAUCUCGCAGGGUGGCCGAAUCGCCCAGUGGAUCCAGGUUCCGCUUUCUGCUCCUUCCUCAGCUUCCGUCGACAUGGCCCUGCCGGGGGCCGGGUUGGGUGCUCUUCCCUCGGUCCAUCUGACUCCAAAGACUCUUGUCGGUGUUGGCAGCGAGGAACGAGAAACCCUGGGUCACCUCUAUGCCAGCCAAAUUGCGAGUCAUCUCGCCUUACGUGACCCCAACGAGAAGCGAACACUGCUUCUAGGAUUGGGUCUAGACACGGUGGAAGGCGGAGGAGACGCGUUCUAUGACCUCCUCGAAUUGGUGUUGCAAGUCCUCUGAAUGAGUGGGCGAGUUCAUUCAGAUAGUCGGACCUGGCAGCUAUACAGUAAAGCCGACGGUCGUCGUGAAUGAAUGCAACCUUUUCGACUGAAAGCA